CCAUGGCAACGGGGUCGCGGCGGGCGCGCGGGCUGACCCGGAGGCUGCAGGCGGCCCGGCGGCCCGCGGAGCCCCAGUGCCGGACAGCCGCUCCUGCAGCGCCGACAGGCGGCCUGGCCGCGCCGCCGCGAUGUCGCUGGGCACCGGGGAUGCGGCCUCGGACACGGGAGAUGACAGUCUGUCUGUGGUUACCUUCGACUCUGACGUUGAGACGAAAGCAAAGAGGAAAAGUUUCCACAAACCUCUCCCCACAUCGCCAAAGUCGCCAUAUCACUCUAAGCCGAGGAAAGUGGCAUCCUGGAGGUCUCUGAAGGCAGCAGCGAGCGUGCCCCUUGGCAACAGAAUGUCCUUAACCCCACAGAAGCUGUGGCUGGGAAGCUCAAAGCAAGGUCAUGUUCCUGGGACCCCUGUGUACAGAGAGAAAGAAGACAUGUAUGACGAGAUUAUUGAGCUGAAGAAGUCGCUGCACAUGCAGAAACGUGAUGCGGACCUGCUGAGGACAAAGCUUCGGCGCCUGGAAGAGGAAAACAGCAGGAAGGACCGGCAGAUAGAGCAGCUCUUGGACCAGUCCCGAGGCCCGGAGUUUGUUCGGACUCUGGCAGAGAAAAGGCCUGAUACUGGCUGGGUCGUGAAUGGGCUAAAGCAGAGGGUUCUGAAGCUGGAGCAGCAGUGCAAGGACAAGGACAGCUCUAUCCACAAACUGCAGACUGACCUGAAGACCACGAACUUGGAAGAGAUGAGGAUUGCCAUGGAGACGUGCUACGAGGAGAUUCAUCGUCUCCAGACUCUCUUGGCGAGUUCUGAAGUGACAGGAAGGAAGCCUCCCAUGGAGAAGAAAAGUGGCCUUAAAAGGCAGAAAAAAAUGAGCAGUGCCCUCCUGAGCUUGUCCCGGAGCGUUCAGGAGCUCACGGAGGAGAACCGGACUCUGAAGGAGGACCUGGACCGUGUGCUGAGCAACUCACCCACCGUCGCCAGGACAAAGGGUUACACGGAGUGGAGUAAGCCGCGGCUGCUGAGACGGAUCGCAGAGCUGGAGAAGAAGAUAAGCUCAAUGGAAAGCCCCAGAUCACACGCUUCAGAAGUGGACAGGUCAGACCCCUUGGGUCACUCUGCUUCCAGCUCUGUGGUGCACAGACAGCCACAAUCCGAGUGCCAAGAGGACAGCGAAUGUCUCCGGGGUGCGGUGAGGAGCCUGAAAGGCGAGCAGAAGGCCCUGCAGGUGCAGCUGCAGGAAAGAGAUCUGGAAGUGAAGCAGCUGCUCCAAGCAAAGGCUGACUUGCAGAAGGAGCUGGAAGAUGUGAAGGAAGGUGAGAAGGCGAGAAGAGAAAGAGAGGAGGCUUUGAGAGAGGAAAUUCAAACCCUUACCAAGAAGUUUCAAGAACUAGAAGAAAUUAAGAAAGAAGAGGACAGUGACCUCGUGGAAGUGAGCCCUGAGCCCCAGGAGUGGCCCCGACCUUGCCAUCCUGCCAGCACUCCCUCUCAGCGGGCCUCUGAGCCGGAUGAAGCCAGUGCCCCCUGCACCUGCUUGGAGGGGCGGAGACAGGCCGCAGCCAGGCUCCUGCAGGCGCGGUGGAAGGCGUACAGGAACCAGGAAACAAAAGCUGUUCUGGAUGAGGCGGCCACUGUGCUGCAGGCAGCUUUCAGGGGACAUCGAGCGCGGGUAAAGCUCUUAUCAAGCAAGGUGUGUGGUUCAGAAUCUGCCAGCGUGCCCAGCCUCCCCAGCCAGCUGCAGAGCUGCCCCUCACCCUGCCUCCUGAGCCCCAUUGUCCAGGCCGAGGGUGACCCAGGGCACGAGGAGGCCAUUACCAUCAUCCAGUCCAUCUUCCGGGCACACCUGGCACGGAUCAGGCACAGGGCUACCGGGCAAAGAACCCCCAGUGCGGAUCCUGCCAGGAGGAGGUCUGCUCCAGCCGCACACAGCGAGCCCUCCUCGCCACCCCUCCCUGCAGCUUCUGAUACGGAAGACAGUGAAGUGAGCAGUGGGGACACGGUGGACGGACCAGCUCCUGAGGAUGAGGACGAAGCCCCGAGGGGGUCAGGGGUGCCGGCAGCCCUGUGGCCCUGCCCUGGUGAGUGGGAGGCAUGGCGGCCGUAGUGAGGGGUCACAGUGCAGGAAGGAGGGCGGCCGCUGGCCAGUGCCCUUGGCCUGGGAGAACCUGCACACACUAAGGUUACGCCCCGUCUCCCCUGGAGAUCACCAUGGCGUUUUAUCCAUGUCGGUCACUUUUUCCAGCUCUGCCAGAGCUAGCAAGCUUUGAGCUUUGAUAGUCUCUCCAAAACCUCCGUUUAUGAAGCUCAGCUCUGGGACUCAAAGGAAAGAUGUGCAAAGCCCCAAAGCCAGAGGGGCCCUGCUGGAACUUCCAAACUCCCCACAGGCUUUACAUUCUUCUCUGAAAACCCGUCCCCGUGCCGAUCUCACCAGCUGCUACAUUUGGCAGCCUUUCGAUUCUUGGAUCAGGGCUAAUGUGUUCGUGACACUGCCCUUUUCUCCUCUGGUUAAAUGUGUAAUUUUAAAGCUCAGCUUCGCCCUCGUCUACAAUCGCAGCCGCACAGCACGUUCCCUUGUGUUCACCCCCAGAAACGGGUCCGUGUGAGAGUGCAAAGCAAGCCCUGGUUUGAUCUGACCGUAAAAUGUUUUUAAAGAAAAAAAAACAAAAACCCUGAAGAUAACCUUGAAAACUGAUGUUUUUAAUGUCAUACAGUAGCACUUUAAUAUUAAUUUUCUUGAAAGUUACAGAAAAAAAGCCAAUGCAGUUAUAGUACCUGCAGCACUGAGUAAACUUCCUUCCCUUUUUUAUCUCACAUCAUUGUUUGGUUAGAUUUUUUCUUUCGUUUUAUGAAGCAGUAAGAGCCAGGCCCUUCUCCAGGGCUGCUAGUGGUGAGGACCCGUCUCUCACAUCCCUCGCCCCAGGUCCAAGGAGGCAUGUGGGGUCACCCUUCCCCAUGCAGUCUGUAGGUGGCAUCUCAUUCUAGUGUAGACUAACGGAUUGGAACAGGUUAGCUCUGCUGGAAGAAAGGAGUAGAAAUGGUCUGAGUGGUGAAACAGCUUGAAAGCUCACAAGUGGCCAUUGGUUGGGUCCUGCCUCCCCCACCUGGGGUGGGUGUGUUCUCACGAGGAAGCUGGUGGCCACAGCACAGAAUUCAGCUGCCCCCAGGUGGGCCCAGCCCCCCGGGACGCUGCUGUGAGGACGACUCAGAGAACCACUACUGCAGACAUGAGUCCCUUCGGAGCUGGCAAAUCCUCACCUUUGGCAGGUGCUUUGCUUUUUGG